ACAGCAAUCAUCAACUCUCACGCGCACUAACACCACCCCCAUACAUUUCUUACCUCCCACGCCAAUCUUCAACCACUCAACAAUAUAUAUAACUCAACACACACACCGCCCUUCCUUUCUUUUCUCUAAAUGACAUGACACUCUCUAAACAAUUUUGCAGCAUGAGAAUCAAAACCUUCUCUUUUUAUUUCUUUGCCUUCACCAUUGCACUUGCUUCAAUCGUAAUCGCUCUCUAUACAAUCCCUUCUCCUACAACUAAAAUCCCCGCGAUUAGUAGUCCGGGAGGAGUUGCUGUUCUUAGAAGGAUUAUAAAGAGCAGUGGUGUACAAGAUUUGGUAUCUUCUCUAGUAAGGAUCACAUAUAGGAGGCACCAUCGCCGGAGGAAACAAAAAUGUGAUAGAAACAGGUGGAGGUUGAGGGUUCUAUACCGAUUCAGAAGACUAAUACGUCGUUAUCAAGUGUCGCUUGUACUUACAGUUGACUUGAAGGGUUGUGGGAAUUUUAGCAGCGUUCAGAAGGCCGUCGAUGCAGUGCCCGAAAGUAGCUCCUCUACGACCCUCAUCGUCGUCGAUUUUGGUACAUACAGGGAGAAGGUGAUAGUCCAUGCUAACAAAACAAAAUUGAUAGUACAAGGUCAUGGAUAUCGCUACACUUCCAUAACAUGGAAUGAUACUGCGAAUUCUACAGGAGGAACUGUCCUCAGUGCUUCUGUGGCUAUUUUUGCCUCAAAUUUCCAAGCUUACAAUAUCAGCUUCAAGAAUACAGCUCCAGAGCCUUCCCCUGGCGAAGUAGGAGCGCAAGCGGUGGCACUUAGAAUUGCAGGCGAUCAAGCAUCGUUUUACGGGUGUGGAUUUUACGGUGCUCAAGACACGCUCAAUGAUGACCGCGGCAGGCAUUAUUUCAGAGAAUGCUUCAUCCAAGGCUCCAUCGAUUUCAUUUUCGGAAACGCUAGAUCACUCUUUCAGGGUUGCACCAUCAAUUCAAUAGCCAAACAAGUCUCGAAUGUCAUCACUGGAUCGAUCACGGCUCAAGCAAGGCAAUCAAUGAGCGAUGAAACUGGGUUUUCCUUCGUGAAUUGCAGCAUUAGAGGGACAGGGAAAGUGUGGCUAGGUCGUGCUUGGGGAGCUUAUGCUACUGUGAUCUUCUCCAAAACAAACAUGUCUGCUGUCGUGUCUCCGGACGGAUGGAAUGAUUGGAGAGACCCCUCUAGAGACCAAACUGUAUACUUUGGCGAGUACGAGUGCUACGGACCUGGAGCAGACAAUACCUCUAGAGCCUCAUUUGGGAAGCAACUAAAGCAGUACGAAGCAGAACCCUACAUGGACAUUUCAUAUAUUGAUGGAGAUCAAUGGCUUUAUCCUGAAAAUGUUACAACAGUACUUCCUGACAAUGACGCUGGAGUUUUCCUUCAUGAUUAUUAAUAGUUUCCCUAGUCAGGGCAAAUGCAUGUUGU